UAGUGAAUCAUCUUCUUCUUCUGAACAGAAUAACACGGAUAUUAGCUUUGAACUAUUUCAAAAGUUUGACUUUAGUGUUGAGAAAGUGAAGGAAAUACAGAAAUGUGACCCUGAACUAUCCUCUCUCAUUAAAUACUUAGAUAACAAUGAAUUACCGAAAGGACAGAAAAAAGCCCGUAGAAUUCUUCUUGAGUCAACGGAUUAUUUGCUUAUUGAUGGAUUAUUAAUGCAUUCACGUCAGUCAAAAUCAAACCGGGCCAAAUUACUCGAAAAGUUAUCAGUUAGUUGUUCCUGCUGUUAUGAUCAAAGAAGUUGUACAAUUAUACCAUGACUUGCCAAUGAGUGGCCAUUUGGGAAUACAUGACACUUUAGAUAGAUUGCGUGAAAAGUUGUUUUUUUUCAAACGUAUGGGACCUAUAGUUACGGAUUAUGUACGAUCGUGUGAUUACUGUCAAAAGCGCAAAGUUACCAAAAAAACAACAAAGGCACGGGUUACAGCCUACCCCACACCAACUGAGCCGUUUCAAGUUUGGCAAGUAGAUGUUUAAAAUAUACUACCGACAACUCGGAGGUUAUCAAAGAGAAUGUGGCGUUUGCUUUGGAGAAGUUCGGCACGACACCCAGACCAAAGUGGUCCGAAAUGCCGGAGGUAACGCUCUGUGGCAUUCUCAUGACAAUUAAUUCCCACGAAAAACAACUUUACGAGUUGAUGUUUGAAAUAAUCACCUCAGAAGCGACACACUUGAAAAGUUUAAAGGUCCUUGAUGACGUUUUUGCCAAGUCGGAAGAAUUUAGUUCCAACGAACCUGGGAAAUGUGUUCUAACAAAGCAGGAGCGCCGUGAGAUCUUCUCAAAUAUUGAUGAUAUAUGCAAAACAAGCGAAAGAUUCUUGUCAGAUUUAGUCUCUUGUUGGAGGAAGUCGAUUAAAUUACCGGAUAUUUGUGAUAUUAUAACAAAACAUGCCAAGAAGAAUUUUUCUUGCUAUGUUGAUUACUGCAGAAAUAAGGAAUAUCAAAUUAGAACUGAAACUGCAUUGAAACAAAAACCUGACUAUUUGAAUGCGCUUGCGCUUUUGGAAAGUCAUGAAGACUGCACAUCACGUUCUUUCGCGUCAUUUUUAAUAUUACCCGUGCAAAGAAUACCACGACUUGAGAUGCUUGUAGAAGACAUUUGUAAACGGGUAGACAAAAUAGAUGAUGAAAAAAGAAGAAAAUCUGAUCCUUUAGCUAAUGAAACAAGCAGCAUCAGAAAGUCUGCUAUGCUGGCGAAGAAGGCGCUCAAUAAAGUAGCUACACAGAGCAACGAUGCUAUAAGAAGAAUGCAACAAACAGAACAGAUGAUAAAGCUAGACAAGCAGAUAGAUUUUCCUUCUAAAAUGGCGAAAAUUCCGUUGAUCUCAGAAUCAAAACAAACGCAUUUGGUAAAACAAGGGGACGUGAAGAAGAUUAUAAAUGAGGUCAACAAGCGUAUAAGCAUAGGCAGUCAAAAACCUGUCCAAAAGACAAGGCACAUCCUAUUAUUAAGUGAUGUGUUGCUAAUUACAAAGAAAAAAGGGGAUCGAUACAAAGUUGAAGACUACUGUCAGCGUAAUAAGCUAGUUAUUGAGGAAAUAGACAAUGUUGAUAUAUAUACAAGAGUUCUUCCCCUUGGUGUGCCUAGCGGGUGUAGCAAUCGUUUCUUGCUGGUGAUGCUAGAGAACUGUGAAAAGAGACAAGUGGAAGAGGUUUACGCUUGCGAUUCUGCGAAUGACAGAGCUUGCUGGAUUGAGGUAUUAACGCCUUUGAAAAUUACAGAGAAUGAAGAAAUCUAUGCAGAUUGGGACUGUCCACAAGUCGAAUGCAAACUAAGAUACACUGCUCAGAAACCAGGUGAACUUGCUCUGAAACAGUCAGACAUUGUUAAAGUGUUCAAGAAGUGCAAAAAUGGAAUGUAUGAGGGUAAGAGAAUAAGAGACGGUGAAAGUGGCUUGUUCCCGUCUAAUCACACGGUAGAAAUAGAAAAUGACCACGUGAUAGCUCGCAAUAUGCGUAUGAAAUAUAAACAGAUGUCAGCUACAGAGAAUUAAGGGAGGUCAAUGCGUAUACAAAAACCAGCUCAGAAGAUAUAGGAUACAACUGGCCAACACAACAUGAGUGCGAAAUCAAUAUUGAUGUGGCCUUAUUUAUAAAUUAAGACGAUGUUACAUGGGAAGAACUGGAAAAAUUUUACUGAAACAACAAUUAAAGAGAAAAAGUUGAAUAUAGCAGUUAUAGCAGGUGGCUGUUAGAUGUUAUUAGUGAUAAACUGAGUUAUGUUGAGCUGGCCAACAUUAGCACUGCUUUAUUGGUGAAAAUUCAUUUAAAGGAAAAGUUACUUACCACCUAUGUGAACUCAUUAUACAGUGGAAUAGAUUUUUUAAGUCCUAAUAUCUUAAUAUCAUUGCUGGAACCAACUUUUAUACAUGGAACUGCUACUUCAACUGAAGUUAAACCAUUUAGUCAUAUUUUUGCAUUUGUUUCAAUUGAUCUUAAACGUGGACCAAAAUAUGUAAUACUGUCGAUUAGCUUUUCCCUAUGUCUUACAAAUGAAAUCCAUCCAUGCACUUUAUUAGAUAUUACCAUACCGAUUUACUGUAUUGGCAAAUUUCUUAUAUAACAUGCAUUGUCAUCCUGCCUGGUGUUUAAGAAAGAUAGCAAUGCUUCGUUAAAUGUGGUCUUACUUAAAGACACUGUUAAAUCUGACAUUUAUUGUUCUUACAUGCAUGUGUAAAUUCGAAGCCUUCAACGUGAAGAUGCAGAUGACAAAGCAGCAAUUACCUGCAAAUAUCAACACUUGUGAAGUUGUGUAAAUAUAUAGUUUUUAACGACAAAGCUCACCUCCGAGCGGAGAAUCCAAAUAACUUGCAACAUGUCUUUCAAAAUGAGUUUUGAGUGCCUAGGAAAACACCUAACAGUUGUAUACCGAUAAAUGUCUUUUCCCAUUUAUAAUCUUAUCAAAGUUUUCUAUUUAUGUGAACCGACUUUUUUCUUACAACAUCGUUCGUUGUUAAGUAAUGUAACCAAGGGUUUCAUUUUGAAAACAUUUACUUGUGAUGAUAAUUAUUAUGUUAGUGUAGGCUAUAUCAAACUUAAACAGUUUAUCUAAUCUACCUUAA